AUGGCCAACUUCCUCGCCCAGUUCCAAACCAUCAAGAACUCUUCCGAUCGCCUCGUCAUUUCAGUGGAGGAUGUGAGUGAUUUGUGGCCAACUGUCAAGCCUGCUUUUGAAGCGCGGUUGCCGUUUAAACGGGCGAGUUUGAAUAACAAGGCGAGGAAUGCUGUAUUGGUUGAGAAGUUGCCGGCUGAGUUCAUUUUAACUACAGAUUCAAGGCUUCGGAGCCGGUUCCCUCAGGAGCAGUUGUUGUUCUGGUUUCGAGAGCCGUAUGCAACUGUCGUGCUUGUUACCUGUGAGGAUCUUGAUGAGUUUAAAACCAUCCUUAAACCACGCUUGAAAUUAAUUGUCCAGAAUGACGAAAGGGAAUGGUUUAUUGUAUUUGUAUCUAAAGCUCAUCCAGCUAAUGACCAGGCAAACAAAAUGUCAAAGAAAGUAUAUGCUAAACUUGAAGUUGAUUUUAGCUCCAGAAAAAGAGAAAGAUGCUGCAAAUAUGAUAUGCAUUUCCCUGAAGCUAAUUUUUGGGAAGAUCUGGAAUCAAAAAUAAUGGAAUGCAUCAGAAAUACACUGGAUAGGCGUGUACAAUUUUAUGAAGACGAGAUACGGAAGCUCAGUGAACAGCGUCUCAUGCCAGUCUGGAACUUCUGUAAUUUUUUCAUUUUGAAGGAAAGCUUGGCUUUUAUGUUUGAAAUGGCGCACCUUCAUGAAGAUGCCUUGCGUGAAUAUGAUGAACUAGAACUCUGCUAUCUUGAAACAGUUAACAUGACUGGAAAGAAAAGAGACUUUGGCGGGGCAGACCAUGGUGAUGAUCAGGCAGCAAUUGUUAAUCCAGGAAACAAAGCAUUGACACAGAUUGUCCAAGAGGAUUCUUUUAGGGAGUUCGAAUUCAGACAGUAUCUGUUUGCCUGUCAAUCAAAGCUCUUAUUCAAGCUAAACCGACCUAUUGAGGUAGCAUCACGAGGUUAUUCGUUCAUAUUAAGCUUCUCAAAAUCCUUGGCAUUGAAUGAGCGUAUUCUUCCUUUUUGUAUGCGUGAAGUCUGGGUGAUAACUGCUUGCUUGGCUUUAAUUGAAGCAACCACUUCCAACUAUAGUGAUGGACUUGUGGCACCUGGCGCAGAGAAGGAGUUCUUUUGUCUUCUUGGUGACCUAUAUUCUUUAGCCAGAGUUAAGUUCAUGAGGCUAGCUUAUUUAAUUGGGUAUGGUACUGAUAUAGAAAGAAGUCCUGUCAACAGUGCUUCCCUCAGCUUGCUACCUUGGCCUAAGCCAGCUGUUUGGCCCUCAGUCCCUGCUGAUGCAUCAGCAGAGGUGCUUGAGAAAGAAAAGUUGAUUCUCCAAACAACUCCUAGAAUCAAGCACUUUGGUAUCCAGAGGAAACCCCUGCCCCUUGAACCAACUGUGCUACUACGAGAGGCCAACAGGCGGAGGGCUUCACUUUCCGCUGGAAAUGUGUUUGAAUUGUUUGACAGUCGCCAGGGUCCAAUGGAAGGAUCAGGUUUUGAUUCACCCCCCAAGAUGUCACCACAAAAAGUACUCUCAAAUGCGAUGGCACGCACUAAUUCUUCUCCGGGAAACUUUGAUAGCUCAAUUGGCCGACCUAUGAGGCUUGCUGAGAUUUAUAUUGCUGCUGAACAUGCUUUGAAGCAAACAAUUUCUAAUCUUGGGAUGUUACAAUCAUUAUCAUCAUCCGAGGAGUUUGAGAAAAAAUAUCUUGAGCUAACUAAAGGUGCUGCUGACAAUUACCACCGUUCCUGGUGGAAAAGACACGGAGUUGUCCUUGAUGGUGAGAUAGCCGCUGUUGCCUUUAAACAUGGACAUUUUGACCAAGCUGCAAAGUCAUAUGAGAAGGUUUGUGCACUGUAUAAUGGGGAAGGAUGGCAGGACUUGUUGGCCGAGGUCCUUCCCAUUUUAGCAGAGUGUCAAAAUAUUCUUAAUGAUCAAGCUGGCUAUUUGCUAUCCUGUGUGCGGCUACUUUCUCUUGAAGAUGGAUUAUUUUUGACAAAGGAGCGUCAAGCUUUUCAAGCAGAAUUGGUUCGUCUUGCUCAUAGUGAAAUGAAAGAUCCUGUCCCUCUUGAUGUAUCAUCCUUAAUUACAUUUUCUGGAAAUCCUGGCCCUCCAUUAGAGUUAUGCGACAGGGAUCCUGAUGAAGGUGUAAAGGCAUUGAAGAGUUCUACAGCUAUUGUGUUACACCCUGGUCGGAAUACUAUUACCUUGGAUCUACCACCUCAGAAACCAGGAUCAUAUGUUCUUGGAGUUCUUACUGGGCAGAUUGGGCAGUUGAGGUUUAGAUCUCAUGGUGUUUCAAAACUUGGUCCUGCAGAGAGUGAUGAUGUUAUGAGUUAUGAAAAGCCAGCUAAACCUAUUUUGAAGGUUUCCAAACCUAGAGCACUUGUGGAUCUUGAUGCUGCUGUUUCAUCUGCUUUGUUAAUAAAUGAACAUCAAUGGCUUGGUAUUUUAGUUCGGCCAUUAAAUUACUCCCUCAAGGCUGCUGUCUUGCAUAUUGAUACUGGUCCAGGAUUGGAGAUUGAAGAGACAAACAUAGUUGAGAUGGAAAGCUAUGUUGGUAUAUCAGACAAUGAUGAGGACGAGGUGCAGAAAGAUGGUGCUCAAAUUGAAUCUUUGAAUUCUGAGAAAAAGUUUGAACGAUCAACUCUUCAUGAUGGUAAAAUAGUGUUUCCGAAUUGGGCAAGCGACACUCCUUCUAUUCUCUGGGUUCUAAUUCGGGCCAUCAGUGACACACUCAACAGAGGAUCUUCUUCAGUCACAACAAGGAGAGAGAGUAUUGUAGAUGGAAUGAGAACAAUAGCUCUAAAACUUGAAUUUGGAGCAUUCCACAAUCAGAUAUUUGAAAGGACCCUAGCAGUGCAUUUUACACAUCCUCUCUAUGUGAGGACACAUGUUACUGAUAAAUGCAAUGAUGGUACCGUGCUUCUGCAGGUAAUACUUCACUCUGAAAUAAAGGCUACAUUGACCAUAUACGAUGCUUGGCUUGAUCUUCAAAACGGAUUUGUUCAUUCUGGACAAACUGAGGGUAGACCUACUUCAAGCUUCUUCCCACUAAUCAUAUCUCCCACUUCCAAAGCAGGAAUUUUGUUUAGUAUCUUCUUAGACAAGACAAAUGCAGAAGAAGACAUUAAGCAACCAGAAAGCAUAUUAAAUAUCAAAUAUGGAAUUUCCGGUGAUAGAACAGUUGGUGCUCAUCCUCCUUUUAUAAAUGAAUCUACUGGAGUUGAUGGUGCUAGACAGGAGCUGAUCUUCAAGAGUGUAAUUAUUUUGCAAAGGCCUGUGCUUGAUCCAUGCCUAGCCGUUGGUUUUCUUCCUCUCCCUUCAGAUGGCCUGAGAGUUGGACAACUAGUUAAGAUGCAAUGGAGGGUGGAAAGGUUGAAGAAUUUGAAGGAGGAAGAAAUUUCUGCACAGAAUGAUGAGGUGUUGUAUGAGGUAAAUGCAAAUUCUGGAAAUUGGAUGAUCGCUGGAAGGAAAAGAGGGCAUGUAUCACUCUCCAAAAAUCAAGGUGCAAGGAUAAUUAUCACAGUAUUAUGCAUGCCACUGGUUGCUGGUUAUGUGCGUCCUCCUCUACUCGGGUUGCCAGAAAUUGACGAGGCAAAUAUAAGGUGUAAACCUUCUGGGCCACAUCUAGUGUGUGUUUUGCCACCAACACUUAGCUCAUCCUUCUGCGUUCCAGUUAAUUCAUGA